AAAAGCAACAGACCCAGGAGCUGCAGUUCCUUUCUCCGUCCGUGAUAUAAAUUAUGGCUUGAUCCUCUGGAAGUAAUUGUUCUUGUUCUUGCAUCCCGUCAUCCGCAACCUCUUGCAUCCACCAAACCGCUUAUUCUUCGCCAUGCAUUUCUCCAGCCUCCUCGUCGCCUCGGCCCUCUGCCUGACCCCAGCCGUAUACGGCUAUGGCGUGGCACAAGUCACAGUGAAGUCCCACGAAGAUUGCGACCCUGGCGCUCCCGCCAAUGACAAGCUUAUUGGAGAUGCCGAAACCACGUACGCCACCGAAGAUACUUGCGAAAAGGCCAAGAUCUCGCACAGCCUGUCAAUCGAUGCCUACUCGGUGAGCCUUCAAGACGUCACCAAAGAUACCUCUGAGCGCUGCCAUGGUCUGGGUGUCUAUGCGAAUGACCAGUGCAUUGGCGUCCCCAACGCAGUGGUUCCCUUCUACCCGGGAGAGGAGGAUGCCGAGAGCGGCUGCAUCCCGGAUGACCCGUUCGACAAAUACGUCUACGUCAGGCUACUGUGUGAUGGGGGUGACGGUAACGCGGAUGACCUGAAGAAAGUGGAAUCGCACAACCCUGCCGAAGAUCUCGCCAAGGACCCUAACGAUACUGAGAACAAUGGCGGCGGCAACAUACUCGGCGGGCUUGGUCUUGGUUUGUAGGCUAGUCAAACUGAGCGAAUAGCCAUGAGCUGAGCGUGUACGGGUUGAUUGUGCGAUGAAGCGGAGGUUGCCACGACUGACCGGGGCUAUAACCAAUGUAGUCUAGAAAAUUAUAACUUUAAUCUCAG